AUGCUGCCUGUGAGACGCGCCGGAAGUACAAAGAGGUUCAAUCCACUCAAAAUCCAGAAGCCUGUUCUCACUCAGUUAUCGCGUUCUAAAAUAUCCUUUUCAUCAUCAUUCCGUCUUAAAACACUUGAACCUAUAGAUUUAACUAAAGAAAAUGCGUUCGCAAACGACGAUAACCUCAUUUAUACAGUUAAAUUACUUUCAAAUUGGGGCGAUCCGCAAUACAUGUGCUGUUCUUAUAUGCAAUUUCUUUCACAUGAUCGAAGACCCUUAAAUCCUAUCAAGAUGAUGUCAGCACCAAAACUUGAAGAAGGUGUUCUACAGAAGCUCAACGGUGAUAUGGUGAAAGAGGAAGCAAAUCAGUGGAGAAUUAAUUGGCCGCCAGAUGAAGAUGACAUAAUGUCUAUUAUAUUUAUGUUCCAAAAGCAUCAAAAGCCAUGUUUUAUACGUCUUUGGAACCCUCAGACAAAUAUGGAGCAAUCAAUUAAAGAUAUUGAAAUUUAUAACGGCGAAAAUCUUGUUGCAAAAGAAGAAAUUCCAAAAGGCUUCGGUAAAGACAUUCAAAUAUCUGUAAAAGAAGAAUAUGCCAUAAAACCUUCGGAAUCAAUGCAAUAUUUACAGACACUUUUCCCACAGCUUGCACCAUCAUUAUUUCCAUGUGACUUAUUUGGACAAUAUCCGUCAUUUAAACUCAGGAAAGUAUCAUUCGAAAUCCUUAAAAACUACGGAAAUGAAAAAGUUUUUGGACUUAGUCAAAUACUAUUCCUGAAUGACAAAAAGGCAAUAAUAACUCGCGAUGAAAUUAAUAGAAUUACCGUUGAUAAUUGCUCAGAUUUUACUGAUCCUUUAGCUUUAAUUCCGACAAAUAGAGAUUUCCCUGAAAAAUGCCAAUUUGUUGCACAUUCAUCAUUCGAAAGACAUCCUAUGCUGACAUUUUACUUCGAACAAACUGUAAUUUUAUCAAAAAUCAUCGUCAAAAAUUUAGAUGUUGGUCCGAGCGGUUUCGAUUGCGAAGUUAACCAUAUGAGAGUAUUUGUAAAUGAUAGAUGCGAAUGGAUUGGAAAGGUUCAGUGUACAAGGUUGAAGGAAGGUGUGAAACCUCCUCCUUGCGUAAUCCACGUGUUACCAUCAUUUAUAGUUUCUCAUGGACAGUAA